AUGAGCGAAUGAAACGUAGCCCUUGUACGUAAGAAUGGGCGUGGCCAUAUGGAACGCUUCUUCCGGACCGGUCAGACGCUACUGAAAUAUGUUUGUUUGAUGGUUGUAUAUUUGUUACAAUCAUGACACGCAUUCGGAACGCAUAAUAUUUUACGCUCUAUUGCGGCCGCGUGUACCGGAACGGAUAUAUAUCGCUGAAACUGAUCGACAUUUUGCAAAACGUAAACAGCUCGAUAAAGCGAUCUGGCCUGUCAUAUAUGGGCUUGGGACUGAAAUAUGCAAAAAUUAGUGUUUAUUGAAGAGAACAUGAUCCAGAAUCCUGCCGUAUUAAACCUAAUGAAGACACUGAAGGACAAAGAGGCCUGAUGGAGGUGAAAGAGGAAUUUAAAAACCUGAAUGAGGUGGAGGAGGAACAUCAUCUCUCCAUCACUGGUGAAAAUCCUUUGACUCUCUCACAAAACACAACCAGAUUCAAGAAGUCUUACAUCUGUCCUCAAUGCGGAAAGUGUUUUGCAGGUAAAUCACGACUCGAGCGCCACAUAAGAAUCCACACCGGAGAGAAACCGUUCGCGUGUCUCGUGUGCACAAAGAGUUUUGCGUGUAAAGAAAGACUCGACAGGCACGUAAAAAUCCACACUGGAGAGAAGCCCUUCACGUGCGAGUGGUGUGGAAAGCGUUUGGCGUGUAAAACGAGACUCAAGAGGCACGUGAUAACCCACACUGGAAAAAAGCCUUAUGCGUGCUUGCAUUGCGAAAGGAGCUUCACGACGAACACAAACCUGCAGCGGCAUGUCAAACUCCACACUGGAGAAAGGCCGCACACGUGCCAAGAGUGUGGAAAGAGCUUCAUACGCAAGGAAAAGCUCAGGUUUCACAUGACGAUCCACACUGGCGAGCGGCCUUACAGUUGCGAACAAUGCGGGAAGAGUUUCCGACACAUCAACGGUCUCAAAGAUCACCAGCUCUCUCAUGCCGCAGAGAGGUCUUUUAACUGUGAUCAAUGCGGUAAGGAUUUUAUUACUGCGUCUGCACUGAAGAGACACUUGAGAGUUCAUUCGGGUGAGAAGCCUUUCUUGUGUUCUCUGUGUGGAAAGAGUUUUGCACGAGUGGACUGCUUUAAAAGGCAUCAGGAGGUCCAUAGUGGUGUGAAGGAUCACGUGUGCUAUGAGUGCGGGAAGGCUUUUAUUACAUCCGAUCAACUCAAGCAGCACCAGAGGAUUCACACUGGAGAGAAACCUUACAAGUGCUCACUUUGUGGGAAGAGUUUCGCUCAGUCGCCGCACCUGCAAGCACACGAGAAAAGCCACACCACUGAGAGCCAUAUGGAAAUAAGUGAUCAAAUCAUCUACUGAUUCACGUGGAAAAUGCAUGAUCCAAAGGUAUCUUGGGAAUCUGAAUCCCAAAAAGAGUAAGAGUGGCUUUCUUGUUUACACCAAACCUUUUGUUUCAACAUCGCAUCUGAAUACUGUAAAUAAACCAUUCUAUCAC